AGUCCCUCCUCCCAGAUCCCCCACUGGGUCGGUGGCUCCUGCAGCCCUGCCAGUUAGGAACAAAUGAGAAGAGCUGCUGACUUCCUCCCUUGGACAUUCAGAAUUUUCUCACAUAAAGACUGAGGAAGACCCUGCCCUCUCCUCACUUCUCUGGACUUGGCCCUGAGCUGGACCUGGUCCACUGGGGUAGGCAGGGCGAUGGGGAACCUGUUUAUGCUCUGGGCAGCUCUGGGCAUAUGCUGUGCUGCAUUCAGUGCCUCUGCCUGGUCAGUGAACAAUUUCCUGAUAACAGGUCCCAAGGCCUAUCUGACCUACACGACUAGCGUGGCCUUGGGUGCCCAGAGUGGCAUCGAGGAGUGCAAGUUCCAGUUUGCUUGGGAACGCUGGAACUGCCCUGAAAAUGCUCUUCAGCUCUCCACCCACAACCGGCUGAGAAGUGCUACCAGAGAGACUUCCUUCAUACAUGCUAUCAGCUCUGCUGGAGUCAUGUACAUCAUCACCAAGAACUGUAGCAUGGGUGACUUCGAAAACUGUGGCUGUGAUGGGUCAAAAAAUGGAAAAACAGGAGGCCAUGGCUGGAUCUGGGGAGGCUGCAGUGACAAUGUGGAAUUUGGGGAAAGGAUCUCCAAACUCUUUGUGGACAGUCUGGAGAAGGGGAAGGAUGCCAGAGCCCUGAUGAAUCUUCACAACAACAGGGCCGGCAGACUGGCAGUGAGAGCCACCAUGAAAAGGACGUGCAAAUGUCAUGGCAUCUCUGGGAGCUGCAGUAUACAGACGUGCUGGCUGCAGCUGGCUGACUUCCGGGAGAUGGGAGACUACCUAAAGGCCAAGUAUGACCAGGCGUUGAAAAUUGAAAUGGAUAAGCGGCAGCUGAGAGCUGGGAACAGCGCCGAGGGCCACUGGGUGCCCGCUGAGGCCUUCCUUCCUAGCGCAGAGGCGGAACUGAUCUUUUUAGAGGAAUCACCAGAUUACUGUACCUGCAAUUCCAGCCUGGGCAUCUAUGGCACAGAGGGUCGUGAGUGCCUACAGAACAGCCACAACACAUCCAGGUGGGAGCGACGUAGCUGUGGGCGCCUGUGCACUGAGUGUGGGCUGCAGGUGGAAGAGAGGAAAACUGAGGUCAUAAGCAGCUGUAACUGCAAAUUCCAGUGGUGCUGUACGGUCAAGUGUGACCAGUGUAGGCAUGUGGUGAGCAAGUAUUACUGUGCACGCUCCCCAGGCAGUGCCCAGUCCCUGGGUAAGGGCAGUGCCUGAUAAUACCCCACACAAGUUCACUUGAUUAAUUGCAUCAGUGAAAGGGGACAUAGCUUCUCUCUUAGAGAGAAAAGAUUGGAAAGCAAUUGGAAAACUGCAGUUUUGGUCUGUAGUCCUCAUGAUAUCUGCUAUCGGUGGGGAAAUGGAGGCCCAAGAUUCCUGGCGGGGCUGAAAUUGGAACCUGGGCCUCCUGACUUUGGCAGACCCCCAUUUCAUCUUUCCUGCAAACUACUUUCCCGUCUUUGUGCCUGUACUUAUGCAGCUUGCUACAGGGAGAGUUUGGUUUGGGGUCCAUAUCUAGAGGGACCUUCAAAGUAUUUGUUCCUUUAAAUUUCAGACCAUGUCCAACCCAGCUGUGCUGCUGGGAAUCAGGAGAAUAGAAGCAAAAAAUGAAAGAGUUCUGUUCAGACUCCUGAAGAGCAGCCUGUGGCUACAAAUCUAUGCUGAUAAAUGAG